UUGUCAAAUAAUUAUCAAACAAUUUUGUUAAUAAUUGCGCGAAUAUGCAUGCUUGGCAUGUUUAUUGAUGAUGGAAUUAGUGACCAACACCGAUAUAUUUCUGUUUAUUGGGCCAAUUUACCUACAUGGCGACCGGCAGAUGCUUUAAUUACUUUUGGAAUUCUUGGACAAAUAAUCCCUUGUAUUUUAAUUCUCUUUAUAAGAAGAAUUGUAAUUCCAAGCUGUAUUUUUCUAGUGAUGUUCGAGAGUCAAAAAAUCCCGAGAGUCGAGAGUCGAGACCGAGACCGAGAAUCAACCCCGAGACCGAGACCAAAACGAGAGUCGAGAGUCGAGACCGAGAGUCGAGACCGAGAGAUUAAGAGGGAUAUCACUUGA